AUGUCCACUCGUCGUACUCCUCUCUCUGGUUAUCCCUCUAAGAGGCGACAACGCUCGAUCUCGAAUCCACAUUCUCGUCCAGUAUCCUCUUCAUCUCCACUAGAGCCGAUUACACAAGAUGCUAGUAUUUCCGAAGAGAUGUCCCGGCGGAUGCUGAAGCGGUCGCGUAACAGCUUGAAACGCGCUCUUUCUGGUCCAGAUGUCUUCAAAUCCGCCAGUGUGGGAGCAUCGCCCGCUGAUCGACCACAAGACGACUUGCGACCCGCAAAGAGGUCGAAGGCGGGCAACAGGGCUCCACUGCAGACAAUCGUCGAGCCGAGUCACGCGAAUACAGACGAAGAAGGCACUGUUGAUAUGGAUUUAACGGAUGUUGUCCAGUUGAGGACACCUGUUCCUCGCGAAGCUCCUACUAAGAAACAAGACGAAGCUACAACGAAUGAAGAGUCGGACUUCCUCUCGCCCUUGCCUACUUCACGUCUCGCAAAACGCGUUCUUGCUCAUCGUACCAGCUCGUCUAAUCUUGCUGAAAAUAAAGAGCAGAAGAAAACUGCUACUAGUGAUGACUAUAUGCUGUGGUCACCAUCUCCAAAUGAUCUUGCAUCUCCUUUCCACAGUCGCCCUGGAUCUCCUAGCGCCGCUCUCUCUGCCAUUGACGCUAAGAAGGCCUUGGCCAAGAAACUCAAUAGAACACGCUCUGUUGGCACUGAUCUCCGUCGUCGCGCGACAAUGCGAUCCUUUUCACGUGCAGUCUCGCCAGCAUCCAGCGCUUCAAGCCCAGGAGCUCGACGUCACCCUUCUCUUCCCAGCUCUCAGGUUAAUCAAAAAGAGAAUCAAGACUGGCUCAUCCCUGCUCAACUUAAUCAAGCUUUCGGUCACAAGACGCCUCGACGUCCAUCUGAUGCUGGCAUUCCGUUCGUUCGAGAAAGCUCAUUUUUUGACUCUGUCCCUGAAGCUUGUUCGACGCCUGUACACGCAAGACGUAUGACCACGAACAUACCACCGACUCCCGGAAGGGACGUAGAUGCUACUCCACGCAUGCCACUCGGGAUUCGACCUUCCUCGAUAUUCUCGCAAAACAGAGGUUCAACGGCUUUCGCAUUAGAUGAGCCAACCCCGCGAGCGAGGCUAGCUCUUGGAGGCCUUGGAUCUGCCCUACUGGACUCGGAAGAUUCGCUCUUUCCUGAUUCCAUUGUCCCGCCUAUUGAAAGUCCUCCUCGGAUUGCACAGUCGCUUCCAGCAACUCAAACGGAACGUAGACGCAUGACUGUUCAUAUGUCUCGGGACAGCAUUUUCUCUUCGGCCAUGGACUUUUCUUUAUCCGUCGCGGAACGUCAACCUACUAUCGGCGUUCCUCGUAUCUCCGACAAGACGAAAGUCGAGCCAGAUUCAUUAACGCUCGCACCACCAUCUUCUCCUUCAGGGAAUCAGAUGUCACCUCCAAGCUCUGACGGUGACGAGCUGCGGGACAUGUUCUCCAUUCUCGGCCUUGACGAGGAUGAGCGGUGGAUGACAAAUUCAGCAGACCCUAUUGAUGCACUUACCUUCACUCGUUCUUCCAUAUCAACCGACAAGACAAGAAAGACGAGGAGCUCGCUUUCAUCUCGUAAGACAGGAAACUCUAAACAACACGAAGUUAUCUCCGUUAAAGCUCGCGCCGCUCGUCAGGGCGGUCGAUCCUCAGCAUCCUCAGCGUCUCAAGACCCAAUGCGGAACAAACGUGUACUAAUAACGGCGGAAUCUCCUCGUCCUCGUACUCUAGCGAAGACAUCAAUGAUGACGAAUAAGCAACUGAAAGCUCUCGAAGCUCUAGGGACAGUCAAGAUGAGGAUCCUAGACAAGCCCAUUCAACCAGCCUCUGACUCGAGUGAUGAACUCAACCUAAUCAAGCAGCGUGUCAGUCUGGAUCAGCUUUCUUCCGACUUCUGA